AUGGGCAUUACUUUUUGGACAAGAUUUCUCUUGUAUUCUCCGAACCAGGACUCCCGACAUAGAAAAUUCUAUAAUUCAGAAAAAUAAAGACAUUUCCUAACUACCCUACCAACGGCCUAAAAUUUCUACACACGGCAAAUGCUCAUACGAUUUACUUGUGCUAAAGAAUUAUUAAUGGCCAGUGCAAGUGCAGCACUCAUGAAAUAUGACCAGUCCUUUACACGUUGAUUUCCCAACAUUUUUUGAUUGCAUAAACAUAUCUACAUUUUGACUAGAUAGCUUCUUUGCAGUAUAAAUAUACAUAACCACUUUCCUAUAUUCAGCUCGGUCCUUUGGAAACAUGAAUCCUGACGAUGAAGUCGAUUUGCACAAAGACACUAAUGAGAAGCAAUCUUGGAAGACUGUUUUGUUCCUAGCUUAUCAGAGCCUUGGUGUUGUCUAUGGUGAUUUGAGUAUCUCUCCCCUAUAUGUUUACAAGAGCACUUUUGCAGAAGAUAUUCAGCACUCACAGUCCAAUGAAGAGAUUUUUGGCGUCUUGUCCUUUGUCUUUUGGACCUUGACAUUGGUCCCUUUGUUCAAGUAUGUCUUUAUAGUUUUGAGAGCUGAUGACAAUGGUGAAGGUGGGACUUUUGCCUUGUAUUCUUUAUUGUGUAGACAUGCAAAUGUUAGUCUAUUGCCAAACCGUCAAAUUGUUGAUGAGGAAGUUUCCACAUACAAACUGGAAUAUCCUCCAGUAACAAAGAAUUCAUCAAGGGUAAAAAGGAUUCUUGAAAAGCACAAAAAUUUGCACACCGCAUUGCUGAUGGUGGUUCUCCUUGGUACUUGCAUGGUGAUUGGAGAUGGUAUACUAACCCCAGCAAUUUCAGUUUUCUCUGCAGUAUCUGGGCUUGAACUUGCCAUGAUAAAAGACCACCACGAAUAUGCAGUUGUUCCUAUCACUUGUGUUAUACUGGUUUGUUUGUUUGCCUUGCAACAUUAUGGGACACACAAGGUGGGUAUGAUCUUUGCUCCAAUUAUCGUGACUUGGCUAGUGUGCAUUAGUGCACUUGGUCUAUACAACAUUUUUCAUUGGAACCCGCAAGUUUAUCGUGCACUUUCACCAUACUAUAUGUACGCAUUUUUAAGAAAAACAAGAAAAGCAGGAUGGAUGUCACUGGGAGGUAUUCUAUUGUGUGUGACAGGUUCAGAGGCAAUGUUUGCAGAUCUGGGGCACUUCUCACAUUUAGCUAUCAAGAUUGCUUUCACUUCUAUUGUUUAUCCUGCUCUAAUCUUAGCAUAUAUGGGUCAAGCUGCCUAUCUUUCAAAACACCAUCAUAUAGAGAGUAGCUAUCAGAUUGGAUUCUAUGUAUAUGUGCCAGAACCUGUACGGUGGCCAGUUCUAGCAAUUGCCAUACUUGCAUCUGUGGUUGGAAGUCAGGCUAUCAUCAGUGGGACAUUUUCAAUUAUCAAUCAGAGCUUGGCACUAGGUUGCUUUCCUAGGGUGAAAGUAGUGCAUACCUCUGAUAAAAUACAUGGACAAAUAUACAUUCCAGAAAUCAACUGGAUUUUGAUGAUACUUUGUCUUGCUGUUACUGUUGGUUUCCGAGAUACCAAACACAUGGGAAAUGCAUCAGGGCUAGCUGUCAUCACAGUUAUGCUGGUCACUACCUGUCUUACAUCAUUGGUAAUUAUUUUAUGUUGGCACAAGAAUUUUCUGUUAGCAUUGUGCUUUCUACUUUUCUUUGGAUCUAUUGAAGCCCUCUACUUCUCUGCGUCCCUUAUUAAGUUUCUGGAAGGGGCUUGGGUGCCUAUUUGUCUAGCUUUCAUAUUCAUGACAAUCAUGUAUGUGUGGCAUUAUGGCACAAUUAAAAAGUAUGAGUUUGACCUGCAAAACAAGGUGUCCAUAAAAUGGCUGCUUGGACUUGGUCCUAGUUUGGGGAUUGCACGUGUUCCUGGUAUUGGACUCGUCUAUACAGAACUUGUCACUGGGAUACCUGCAAAUUUUACACACUUUGUGACAAAUCUUCCAGCAUUCCACAAGGUGCUUGUCUUUAUAUGCAUUAAAUCAGUACCAGUACCAUAUGUGCCACCAGAGGAACGCUUUCUUAUUGGACGUGUAGGACCCAAAGAAUACAGAUUAUACAGAUGCAUUGUCAGAUACGGUUAUAGGGAUGUCCACAGAGUUGAUGAUCAGUUUGAGAAUCAGCUUAUCUUCAACCUUGGGGAGUUCAUAAUAUCCGAAGAAAGAAAUUCUUGUUCAAGUGGCAAUUACUCUUCAGAUGGGAAAAUGGCUGUAAUUGGAACUCCUCCUCCAGUGCAGUCUGGAAUGGAGAGGAAUCUGAGCUAUGAAACGCAAGAGAGCGUGCAAUCUGUAACUAUAUCUUAUGUUAGGUCACCCACCAUUCAAAGCAUACAAGAUCUUAUAGAAAUUGACUCUCCCCAUUUAGCACGGAGAAAAAAGGUGCGAUUCAUGGUUCCUAACAGUCCUCAAAUUAAUCCUGAUGUAAGGGAUGAACUGCAAGAGCUUUAUGAGGCAACAGAAGCUGGAGCUGCCUUUAUAUUGGGGCACUCUUAUGUGAAAGCUAAGAGAGAUUCAUCUUUUUUGAAAAGGCUAGCUAUUGAUGUGGGAUACAACUUUUUGAGAAAGAACUGCAGGGGUCCUUCUGUUACAUUGGGCAUCCCUCAUAUCUCUCUUUUAGAGGUUGGCAUGGUUUACCUUGUUUGAAAUUUUGAAUAGUGUCUAAUUACAAGAUGUAAUUAUCAAUGCUUGUCAGCCAGGUUCCUGUCAUGUCUUUGAGAGCUUGCCACGGUUCUUUUUGAGCCCUCAUUGCACUGUUGGGCGGUUUGUUGCUCACUCAUGUGGUGCAGAUGUAACCAUUAAAUGCUGGUACAUUGAGACAAUAUUGAAGAUUUCAGGAACUACAUAUUUUCAAAUAACCAGCAUUUAAAUUGUAUACAGUGGGUUUAUAUUUAGAAAUGCAACGUCUGUACAUUUCACACAA